UUGUAGCCUAAAGGCGAGGUGUGUCCUCUCUAGAUAAGCUUAAAUGACAGGGAUUUCACUUCUCCUCUGAUCUCAGCUCACUUUCACGGAGCAUUUAGUCUUUAGAUGUCAUGAAAAGAACAUCGCGACCAUUUUACCGAACGUGUAAACCUACUCCGAAAACCCCGACAAUACCUAGAAAGCGUUGAAUAAUUCAUGAGCUCAGACAGCCAUAAAAACCGAAGAACGGAACGUUUAGAAAUCAAUUAGAACCUUGGACGAUACCGGUCAAGAAAAAAAAACAGCUUGAGAAAGAAGAGGGAAGAUGAACAGGUCGAAAAGUCUCGGAAAACUCAAGAAAAGGAUCGAAGAAGCUAAAAACAAGUGGGCCAAACUGACUAAAGUAGAAUUCAGUUACAAUGAAAGCGCUCGCUUGGCCACCGAUGCCUUUCUGGAUGAGGGUCCAGAAGCCUAUCGCAAAGUUCUCAAUGAAGAAGGAGAGGUAGACUUUCUUUCUGAAGCAGAAGUCAGGUAUAUAAAGGACAAUGUCAAGGAGCCUUAUUACGCCAGAGAGAACCAGAGCGACGGCGAUGGAGCGGAGUCGAAUGGAAACCAUUCAAUGAAGUCUGAAAGCUAUUAUCCCAUGAACUCAGAUAAAAGCGACCUCAAAACCCCACUGCAUAACUGGAGCAGCGAGGAAAAGCCCUAUCUGAAGGACAAGUCAAGUGCCACUGUCUACUUCCAAACCGAUAAAACCAACAACAUUCGGGAAAGUAUCAGGAGAAGCAUACACAGGACAACCCAGGUUUUGGCUAUAAUGAUGGACGAAUUCACAGAUCCCGAAAUAUUCUGUGAUAUUUUAGAAGCAGCUAAUAAAAGGAAUAUAUUUGUCUACCUGCUGCUUGAUGCCACCAAAAUCCAUCUGUUUAUGGAGAUGUGUGAAAAGCUUCAAGUCCGAGACAUCCACCUCAAGAAUAUUUGCGUGAGAAGUGUGUCUGGGGAAGUUUACUGUGCAAAAUCUGGCAAAAAGUUUUCUGGUCAAAUCCAUGAAAAAUUCAUCAUAUCUGACUGGAGAUGUGUUUUGUCCGGAACGUUCAGUUUCACGUGGCUGUCUGGGCAGGUGCAUAGAAGUUUUUUGUGCAAGUUUUCCGGACAGGUGGUGGAAUUGUUUGAUGAAGAAUUUAGACAUCUCUAUGGUUCAUCCAAACCAGUGAUGGGCUUAAAGUCUCCAGCACCCAUGGCUCCUGUAUUAAAACGAGAGGAUAGUGGUAUGAGCAUCAUGACAGACAGCAGUACCAGGGAAAGCAUGAACACCACCUCUGAACCCUUCAGCAGUUCUUCCACCACCAGCACCCCCCAGGUUUCCCAACGUCCCGCGUCCCCCGUGUCCCCCGUGUCUCCCACCUAUACCCCUCCUGUUCAGCAAUCACCUCUGCAAAGGAUGAACUCCUUCCACAGCUACUCAUCCCUGAGGACUCCUCCAUCUCCAACCACUUACCAGCCUAAUUAUUACCAAAGGAAUUACACGCCAGAGACCCCCACACUAUUCAAUAAGAAUGCUGACAUAUAUCGAUCCCUGAGGAACAGGCGUGAAGACUUUACCACCUCAAGAUUUACCCAAGGAUGGAGAUUAUACUCUAAACCAACCAUGACUUAAGAUCAAGACUAUUUGCCUCUUAUGGCAGGGACGGAUAAUGGGCUUCUGGUUGACUGUGAAAGGAGUUUUGAUCCAGAUGCAAUUUUGGCAGGCGUUGCAGCCAAAGCUGGAAUGUUGCAACUCAAGCACUUGUUAUAUACGCAGCAAAAUGCACACCGAGUGAAAUAAAAUAGACAUAGCACUGCUUAAAGAACAAUCAUUUAUGUAAAAUAUUUGUGCAUGUUCCGCUGUGACACCCAACCAGAACUACCUGUGUACCACUCAAGGGAGGUACCAUGUCAAUUCUGGUUCUUAAAUAGUUAACUCAAUGGACAAUACACCACAUCCUUUACUUUUUACUGAUUUCCAUAUGCUUAGUGUUUUUUCUUUAAUAUCCAUGUUAUGUUUGCAUAUGCUGGACAGCUAUCACUUUGAGGAAUAAGGUGGCCAAAACCAUCGGUUUAUAACACAUUGUUACAGUAGACUCUAAUCUGUUUGAAUUAAUAUAAAAGGUCCACAUUCUAGGGCUUAUUAUAUGGGUCAGUAUUGGUGAUUUUUAAACAUGAAUAAAAAUGAAUAAAAGUUACAAAACAAAAAUAAAACGUCUUCUUUACUAUUUUCACAAUAUUGUAAUGGUGUAAUAAGUUAAGUGGUGAGUAUACUAAAAUUGUGUAUAAUAAAAUUGCUAUGGAUCCA